AUGUCCAUAAAUUAAAAUUUUGAAUAAUUUGGUUAAGUAAUCAUUCUAUCAAUAUUCAAAGCUAUUAGAAUUGAAUUGACUAAAUUAUUAAGUGAAUUGAAUUAUAAGAAUCUUUCAUUCAAUCAGGGUAAUACCUAAAAGAGACCCUCAGAAUUAUAGCAUACUCUGAAUUGGUUUUUGAUGACUGGAAUCUUUUUAUCUGAAACUAAGUGCUGUCAGAAGACAAAAAGCCUUUCCCCAAUUUUAUCAGAUAACUUGAAGUCUAAUUUGAUAAAACAUAUUAUGCAUCAUAAAAUAUCAUCUAAUGGAAUAGGAAUCAUUUAUAAUAACAAUAAUAAUAACGAUAACAACAAGAAACAAGUGGAUUUCAUAUUAAAAGAGAAGGACCAGCUUUUGAUCUAAUUAUUUCAAUCAUCUCUAACCCUACCCUUAAAAGUAUAAACUACAUAAAACUCUCUAACAUUUGCUUGGAAUUAAAGAAGGAACCAGAUCCUAAAUCUUAUAUUGCUUUUCGGAGUAUGUGAAGGUAAGUUUCUUGAUUAUUUGAUCAGUUAAAUAAUUUAACAGACACAGAGAAUAAAUAUUCAAUAAUUGCUGAUGAAUAAUUAAAGCAACUUUUUGGGUAGGAAUGUAUUACUAUAUCUAAUCUCAAUAUGCUUCUAAAAUGUUUAUCAAGAAUCCAGAACCAAUUCUAAUCAAACAUAAUUGGGAGUUAGCAAUUAUAUUGGAUUUGAUGUUGUAGUGGAAUAAGAAAUGGGGUUAUUAACCUGAAUUGAUGCCAUUUUCUAGCUCAGAAGGUUGUGGCAGAUGAGAAUUCAGAGAAGAAGCAACAAAGGAGCAGAACACCCAUUCAUUUUCUUAAAUUAGAAAAUCAAAGGAUUUGAAAAGUAGAUUCAGAAAUAUGUAGAUUAAAGCAAGAGUCAUAAAUUAAAGAGAGAUGCUUAUUAUCAGUAUUAAAGAAGUCCUAGUUUAUUUUAGAAUAUCUAUUCUUGCAAUAGAAUUCAUAUUUGGAAUUUAUGUAAAAUGAUGAUGAGAUGCGUAAUGAAGAUCCAAAAAACAUGA